AUGGAUCUGAACCCCAAGUACGACGACUACUACUUCCCCGUCAAGGCGGCGGAGGAGCAGACCGGCCAUGCUGGCUACCUGACCGAGGGCCAGAUUGCCCAGCUGCACCAGCUGCGAAUGAUGCUCGAGGCCGAGGGCUUCACCGACCGAUUGGACACCUUGACUCUGCUGCGAUUCCUCCGUGCGCGAAAAUGGGUUGUCGAAGAUGCCAAGAAGAUGUUUGUCGACACUGAGGACUGGCGAAAGAAGACCAACUUGGACGACAUCCUUCCCACCUGGGACUACCCUGAGAAGGCCGAAAUUUCAAAGUACUAUACCCAGUACUACCACAAGACCGACAAGGAUGGCCGACCCGUGUACAUCGAGGGGUUUGGCAAAAUCAAUCUGAAUGCUAUGUACAAAAUCACUACCCAGGAGCGUAUGCUCACAAACCUCGCCGUCGAGUACGAGAAAGUCGCCGACCCCCGCCUCCCCGCCUGCUCGCAUAAGGUUGGAUCCCUCCAGGAGACUUGCUGCACAAUCAUGGAUCUCAAGGGCAUUUCCGUGAUGUCGAUCCCCAAUGUAUACACCUACCUCAAGCAAGCCUCGGCCAUCUCCCAGAACUACUACCCUGAGCGUCUGGGCAAGUUGUACCUGAUCAACUCACCCUGGACCUUUGGAUCUUUCUGGACCGUCAUAAAGGGCUGGCUCGACCCCGUCACUGUCUCCAAGAUCGCUGUUCUGACCAGCGGCGAAACAAAAGAACUCUUGAAGCAGAUCCCUGCCGAGAACCUCCCCAAGGAGUUUGGCGGUACUUGCGAGUGCGAGGGCGGCUGCGCUAACAGCGACGCCGGCCCUUGGCACGACCCUGAGCAUACCCGAACUCCCAAGUGGGCGAAGAAGGACGAUGGCAAGACUAUCGAGAACAAGGGCUCUGAGAUUGAGACUCCCGCCGGCGAGAAAGCCCCCGCCGCUGUCCCCGCCACUGAUGCGGAUGCGGCCACUCAGCCCGCUGCAGCUUAG